UCCAGGGUGUCCGAGAGGAGCUGCCACGUGGGCGGCGGGGCCGCAUGGGUGCGUCCCGGGGUCGGCAUCGAGGGGCGGGAGGAGCGUGGCUUGCGGCCGGGCCGGUGACCAGACGUGUCUCCCUGGAUCCGUUCUGCAGCGGGGCUGCAGGGCACCAGCGAGCGCCAACCCUAAGCCGACCCAGCAUGAGCGAAUUUCCCUGUAAAAAACGUGAUGACUAUUUGGAAUGGCCUGAGUAUUUCAUGGCAGUGGCCUUCUUAUCGGCACAGAGGAGCAAAGAUCCAAGUUCCCAGGUCGGAGCCUGCAUCGUGAAUGCAGAAAACAAGAUUGUGGGCAUUGGGUACAAUGGAAUGCCAAAUGGAUGUAGUGAUGACCUCUUGCCUUGGAGGAGGACAGCGGAGAGUAUACUGGAUACCAAAUACCCUUACGUGUGCCACGCCGAGCUGAAUGCCAUUAUGAACAAAAACUCAGCAGAUGUGAAAGGCUGUACCAUGUAUGUCGCCUUGUUCCUGUGUAAUGAAUGUGCUAAGCUCAUCAUCCAGGCAGGGAUAAAAGAAGUUAUUUUCAUGUCUGAUAAAUACCACGACAGCAGUGAGACAACAGCCGCGAGGCUCAUGUUUGAAAUGGCCGGGGUUUCCUUCAGGAAAUUCACACCAAAGUGCAGCCAGAUUGCCAUUGACUUUGAUUCAAUUAACAGCAGAACGAGUCAGAAGCUCCAGUGA